AAGCAUUGGACACCUCAGUGACGUUCGAAUAAGCUGAAGUAACGACUCGUGAAAAAUCUUGUAUAAUAAUUGAUUCUUUGUACAAUUUUUCCAGUUGAAGAAUCAGAUGUACUUUAAAUUCAAUUCACAAGGAUGUGAUUAUGUAGAUAGUUAAAGCUAAAAGCCAGGUGACAUUAGCGUGGAUGCGAUAGAUAAUCAGAUUUACUGUACGGAGUUUUGGUACCAAUCGCGCGCCGUCACUUUCCCACACGCUCAGGUGUUUUCCGACAGUUUGUUUACCUGGCCAUAUGGACGCACAAAUCUACUACAAUAUUUUACAUGCUGUCUCGAACAACAAAAUCAGGUAAUCAUCUAAUCAGCGCUUGCCCCGUAGCAGAGGACAUCAAUUGAGCUGCCAUUACAUCAGAACGGUGAAGUGGUUAUAGUGGUUCUAUCUUGGGUUUGACACGCAAGUUCCCUCACCCAGUGAAUACGGGGACGUGGAGGAUUACUGUGUGAGUGGGGACAAUAUGGCGGACACCCCGGGGGUCAGGGAGGAGGGGGGUUACCCGGGGGAGGAGGAAGAAGAGAUGGAUGUGUUUGCCCAGCUGGAACAGAAAGAGAAGGAUCUAAGGCUGGCUGCGGAGUUAGGGAAAGCCUUGUUGGAGAAAAAUGAGGAACUUGAGAUUAAAAAUGGACAAAUUAUUGAGGAGUUUGCUCAGAAAAUGGAGGAAUUAGAACAAGAGAAGUAUGAGCUGUUUCUACGUUUGGAGAAGAAGGAGUCAGAAUACGAGAACACGAUUAAGGAGCUCCAGUAUGACAUUAGUCAGCUGAGAGAAGAGCUCCAAUCUCAUCAGCAGCAGGGGUCAACUAGGGUCAAGGAGAGCUCCAUGGCGAUAAGGGAGCUAACUCUUCAAAAUGAGCGACUGACCGAGGAUAUGAGGGUAGCCACAUUGAGGGAGGAGGAACUAGAGGCAGAGAACCAGACCCUGAGGGAGAAAAUCUCAGCAAGGAGUUCAUCCAUGCAUGCUCAUGUUGGACAGCUUGAACAUCUGCAACAAGAGAUUAAUGAGCUGCGAUCCAAGCGACAGGAACUGGAGAAGAGACACAGCAUUGUUCUGGAGGAGAAGCAUGCACUGACCUGUAGCCUGGAGGAAUCGCAGGAACGAAUUCUCAUGUUGGAAAAAUCAAAAAGGGAUGUUGAACAAACUGUUCAGAACCAGGAGCGGGAUCUCCUGGAGCUCCAGGAAAACAAUGUCCAGCUCCAGGCUCAGCUUCAUCACAUGUCCACAAACCUAGUCACCUCUAGUCACCCCAGUAAAACUCAGUCCCUCUCACUGUUCAGCGAGAUAUCUCAGAUGUCUCCAGAUCAUAUCUCACCUGUCACAUCACCUGACUCAUCCAAAACAUUUCCUCAUGAUUCUGAUACAAGCGGAGGAUCAUUCCUUGCCGACCUCAUGGAAGAAGACGAGUAUGAAUGCGAUGAUGACGACAUUUACCUUACAUCCCCCAUUUCACAGCUGCCACUUCAUUCCACCCUCUCCGAUUCUCAGUUUUUGGAAAACUUCCAGUAUUCAUCUCAACUUUAUCAUGAAGACAAAGAAUUUCAUCAAGAACUAGUCAAUGUAUAUACCCAGUUAAAAGACAUGUGUGCAAGCCUUAGGCAUAGAGGAGUGAAUAUGCAGGAUUGUUCCGAUUUCACGAUGUGUGAAGAUAUUCGUCCUGGUGUACUGUCCAAUUUAUUGGAAGAGUUCAAAGAGCUAAUGCAGGAUGUUCUCACCUUUAAACCAACAGUGAUGGAAGAAUCUCAAGUGUGUUUGGAUGGUGAAGAUCUUGUAUCCGUCUCAGAGCUCAGUAAACACAUCAGUGAUCUAAAGGAUGAUCUCAGAGGUGCUCAAGGUGAUCUUGAUCGGCUCAAACAAGAGAUGACCAUCAGGGACUCGCAACUUGAACAGAAAACACAGGAGCUUAAGAAUCUCACAGGAAAGGUAAAGGUGUCUAUUUUAGAGCUAUCUUUACAACAUGAUGCACUCUCAGCUGUUCAACAGGAGAGAGAUCGUUAUCACUCUGCACUGCUUAGGGAGGGUUGCAUUACUGAACAUGAAAUCGUACAACAGGCUCGGCAGGAAAGGGACUUUGCAAUAGAAAAGAAAAACAAAAUGGAAAUUCAAUUGGCAGAGUCCAAGUUUGAAUUAUCAUCAUUAAGUGAUCAAUUAAUGGAAGCUAUUCAGCAAAAGAUGGCAUUAAGUCAGGAACUUGAACAAUGGCAGAGUGACAUGGAACGGUUGUUUGAUGUUCAUAUAGAGAAAACCUUUCAAAAUGACAGUAAUAGACAAGAAGUUUGCCAAGAGUUGAAAAAGAGCAUGCAGGGCAUGAGAAAGUCCAAAUCUGCAAUAAACUUCACCACCUAUCACUAGCAGGGACAGAUUAAAUAUUCUCCACCAUUGAAUUCCAGUCUGUCAUUGCAAAAACCACUCGUCUUUCAUCCAGAUUAUUAAUGUGUCCGUCUUGGUGUUUGUAAGGCCACACCAAUAUAAUUUCUUGUUCAUCAGAUAUUCAGUGAAAAAAGGUACAAGUUGGCGAACAAUUAAAUAAUAAAUUUAUAUUAAACUAUCUACAAAAUAUAAAUUUUUUGGCCGUACAUAAUUAAUUUUGUAAGGAUGGAAAUAGAACAGAAAACAACGCAGAAUUUCCUAGAUGCAGGAAAUCAAUGAUACAAUGUAAUAUAAAUACGAGCGUGCAGGAUUUGAUGAAAGAAAUUAUAUUGGUGUGGCCUAACAUCUUUUGGUAUUGUGAGUUUAAGAAUGGGUACCAGAUAACUCCACAGUGCUAGUUAAUGCCCAAUAUCAAAAUGCUUGUACACCUCCACUGUGUCUGUGUUGGCUUAAAUUGUAGCUUUGCCAAAUCUUUUAAACCAAUGUGAUGAAAACUUAUGAAAUGUUUUUGGUCACAUUCAUUGUGCUUGCCAUGUUUUGUUGUUGCAAUAUUAAAAGUUGAAACAAAU